GCGAGGCGGUUGGCCUAAAACGAAACGGGCUGGCGAGGCGAGCGAGUAGUUACCCGGUUAUUCAAAUAAUUCCGGUAUUAACCGAUACAAAUGUGCGAUUGCAGUGACUGUGAAUGCAAAAAUCGAAUGAAAGUGUUGGAUUAACUCGGUUGCAAUGCAGUGUGAAGCCUGUAAAGCUUAAAGUGCUACGGAAAAUCCCAAACAAAUUGUGGAAAAGAUAUAGAAAAAUCUAGAAAAAAUCUGGCUUUUUCUUUCCCCCAAAUUCCUUCCCAAAUCGAAAAUAUCCUACAAUGGUUGUGGUUCCCGCUUUGGGCGCCGCCGCCGUCUCCGUGGGCGGACUUCUGUUCAAGGCGAGCGCCGCUUCUAAGGCGGCGGCCACCGCUGGAGUGGCGGCCAUAGGCGCCUCCAAACUCGGACUGGCCAUUGCCGGAGCCAUUAAAUUGGCCACCGCAGUGAUUGGCGUUGGGAAGCUUACAAUCCUGCCGUUCCUAAUCGCCGCUAUAGCUUAUUACAACUAUGACCUCUUCGAUCCGGAGAAUCGACCCUUCAAUGUCCAGCAAGUGGAGCUGGCCUAUGACUUUAUCAUCAUUGGCGGCGGCUCAGCGGGCACUGUGCUGGCCUCACGUCUCUCGGAGAUUCCGCACUGGAAGGUGCUGCUCCUCGAGGCCGGCGGCCAUGAGACUGAGAUCUCCGAUGUGCCGCUCCUAUCGUUAUAUUUGCACAAAAGCAAAAUGGAUUGGAAAUAUAGAACCCAACCACAGCCAACGGCCUGUCAGGCGAUGAAGGACAAGCGCUGCUGCUGGACCAGAGGCAAGGUCCUGGGCGGCAGUUCUGUGCUCAACACAAUGCUAUAUAUUCGUGGAAAUAAACGAGACUUUGAUCAGUGGGCAGAGUUUGGGAAUCCAGGAUGGUCCUAUGAGGAAAUCCUGCCUUACUUUCGAAAGUCUGAGGAUCAAAGGAAUCCGUAUUUGGCCAAGAACAAGCGAUACCAUGGAACAGGUGGCUUAUGGACCGUGCAAGACUCUCCAUACAAUACACCCAUUGGUCCCGCCUUCCUGCAGGCCGGCGAGGAGAUGGGCUACGACAUUGUCGAUGUGAAUGGAGAACAGCAAACGGGCUUUGGUUUCUAUCAAUUCAAUAUGCGACGCGGUUCCCGCAGCUCAACGGCCAAGUCUUUUUUGCGACCCGCUCGGCUGCGACCCAAUCUCCAUGUGGCUUUGUUCUCACAUGUGACCAAGGUGCUCACGGAUCCCAAGACGAAACGUGCCACCGGUGUGCAGUUUAUACGGGAUGGACGCCUUCAGAAUGUUUAUGCCACCCGAGAGGUGAUCCUCUCUGCGGGAGCCAUUGGCUCGCCACAUCUGAUGAUGCUCUCGGGCAUUGGACAUGGCGAGGAGCUGGCCAGAGUGGGCAUACCUCUGGUCCAGCAUCUGCCGGGCGUGGGACAGAAUCUACAGGAUCACAUAGCCGUCGGUGGGAUAGCCUUCCUUAUCGAUUAUCCCAUUUCGAUUGUGAUGAAACGAAUGGUGAAUAUCAAUACGGCUUUGAGGUAUGCCAUUACGGAGGAUGGUCCCCUGACCUCCAGCAUUGGUCUGGAAGCGGUGGCUUUCAUAAAUACCAAAUAUGCCAAUGCCAGUGAUGAUUGGCCGGAUAUGAACUUUAUGAUGACCUCGGCAUCGGUAAUGUCCGACGGUGGAUCACAGGUGAAGACUGCCCACGGAUUGACCGAUGAGUUCUACCAAGAGGUUUUCGGGGAGGUGAACAACCGUGAUGUCUUCGGCAUCUUUCCCAUGAUGCUGCGUCCCAAGAGUCGGGGCUACAUUAAGCUGGCCUCAAAGAAUCCCCUGAGGUAUCCACUGCUAUAUCACAACUACCUAACGCAUCCGGACGAUGUGAAUGUCCUGAGGGAGGGCGUCAAGGCGGCGGUGGCCAUGGGCGAGACGCAGGCAAUGAAGAGAUUCGGUGCGAGAUUCUGGAGCAAACCGCUGCCCAAUUGCCGGCAUCUCACCUUGUUCACGGAUGACUACUGGAACUGCUUUAUACGGCAGUACACGAUGACCAUCUAUCAUAUGAGUGGCACGGCCAAGAUGGGCCCACCCACUGACCCCUGGGCAGUUGUGGAUCCCCAGUUAAGGGUCUACGGCAUCCCGGGUCUGCGGGUGAUUGAUGCCAGCGUGAUGCCAGCAAUAACCAAUGGCAAUAUCCAUGCCCCGGUGGUAAUGAUUGGCGAAAAGGGCGCCGAUCUUAUCAAGCAACUAUGGCUGACGCCCACCACUGCCCCACAGGGUGCGGGGGCGUAUGGUCAAGGUCAGGGCCUUGGCCUGGGCUUGGACGUGGGUCAAGGUCAGGCCCCGCCGCGAACCCAGUGGCGCAGCAAGCGUUCCCUGAACUCCAGUGAGGCGGCAAUAUCGCCGGUGCAUCAGUGGCCCUUGCCAAGGUCAUAGCGGGUUCUUAAAUCAAAAGAGGGGGUUGGAACAGGGGGGUUUUUUGGUUAGGUCAAAGGGGUCAACGACAAGGGGUCAAUUAGCGGGGGCAGCAGGGGAGUGUAGUGGGACGCGGAAUAUCUUAGCAAAAACUUUCGCCAAACUACAGUUUUGACUUGGAACAUAAAGGGAAUGUAGAAAAUAGCGAUAUAUAUCGAUAUUGGUUCGAUAACUGACGCGAAAGCGAUAUUUUAAUUUGAAAAUAAAUAUAUAUCGAAGCAAUUCCCGAUGAACAAAUAUAUUUCACCCUGUUUUCGAUAAUAUUUUAAAAUAUUUUUAAUUUUAAUAUAUCAAAAUGUGAAACUUUCAACAUGAUUUUGGUCCGAUAUUUUAUGUCAAUAUAACCUAUAAAUUUUUUUUAUCGAUUUUCAGUGCUGUGGUAUUGAGAAAGACUAAGAAGUUAAAAUUAAUAUUUAUUUCAAUAAUAUAUAUGAAAUAUCAAGCAAAAAUAUUAUUUUUAUUUAAAUUAUCGAUUUCUUAACCCUUAAUCCUUGUCAACUGUAAAAUGGCUUCUUUAGUAAACAAAUUUAAUUUAUUAAGCUCUUCAUUAAGCUUACCCUAUUCUUUCUUUCGCGCUGUAGCUUCUAAAAAAUAUAUAUAUAAAAUAAAAAAAAGUACAAAAAAAUAGCAAAAAUUCCACCCUGAUCCCCAAUAAUUGCCCCUGCUGACACCCCGCCCAUGAAAUUAGUCAAUUAAGCGCUUCAUGUAAAUAUCGAGUCAUUUAUGCUAAUUCAUAUGUAUUUCUUUUUUUUUUAGUUUUGUUUAAUGUGUAUCUAAUCUAAAUGUGUAUUUUUUUUUUGUUGUUAACUUUUAUAGUUUGCUUGACGCCGCGUACACUGGGAGUACCUCAAUUAGUUUGUAAGUCGAGGAUUGCGAAUGUAAAUGUUUAAUUAGUUUUUUAAAAAAUGUAAACGAAACUAAAUAAAUCGAAUAAAUAAAUAAACAAAAAAUAUAUCUAUCACCAAGAGCAUUUAUUUUUUAAGGAAAUAAAUAACACUAAACUAUGUUGGUAGUACUUUGGUAAGCUUGUU